AAUCAAAGGUUUAGAGUACUUACACAGAUGUUUUUUGCCAGACUGUUCACCCUGCUGGACGUCCUCUGAUCCGCUGCCAUCAUGAACCUAAAGCUCCUCUCCUUUUGCCUUUUCUUCGUUGUGCUCCUUGUACCCGUUGAACUGAAACAUAAAAAGGACAAACACCAUCAUGAUCUCAAGGGUCAGGGACCUCAGAAUAGGCCCGGCAAAAAGAGAGGAAGGUAUGAGGACAUAUUAAGAGACUUUGUGAUUGCGGAGGGAGCUAGUGAUGGUGAUGGUGAUGAUGAUGACGAUGACCAUGGUAAUUCAGACUGGGUGUUUGAAAUGCAAGAGCCAGACGGCCAGUGCAACCCAAACCCUUGCUUCAACAAUGGAGUGUGUGAGGAGAAACGCAAGAGGAAUUUCAAAUGUGAUUGUCCCAAACCCUUCAAGGGAAAGAAAUGCCAGAAAGGUCCCAAACAUUGUAGAAAAGGCCGAUGCGGGCGUGGUGAAUGUGUGCUGACUUCCACUCCCCCAUUCUACGAGUGCAAAUGCAAGGAGCCCUUCCAGCCGCCACAUUGCAUGCGCAUGUCCCUGUGUCAGCCCAAUCCAUGUAAGAAUGGUGGACAAUGCAUCAGGGAUGGGAAUGACUUUGACUGCCUGUGCCCUAUGGGGCAUAGAGGACGUUUCUGCCAUGUUGGCCCCAGUGACUGCUAUGUGGAUAACGGAGAGUCAUACCGCGGCAAUGUGAGUGAAACGGAUGAUGGCCAUGAAUGCCUCUACUGGAACUCUCACUUCAUCCUGGAGGCCGGAGCUGAUCCCUUCAACUCCUUCGAGGACAGUGAUGGACUUGGCCCUCACAAUCUCUGCAGAAAUCCGGACGGAGACCAGAUGCCCUGGUGUUUCUUCAGACAAGGCCACAGAUUGUCUUGGGAUUACUGUGAUAUCACUAAGUGUCUUCAACCAGGCGUGGUGACAACUGAAACAACUCUUCCUGGUGGCAUUAGUCCCGAUGCUACACUUUCCCCCCCACCGUCCCCAGAACUGUUAACUGUGACUCCCCCUACAAAUGUGUUGCCAAGCCAAGCUUCACAACCUUCUCCCACACCCGCAGAAGUUACGCCCAGUGCAGCCGCUCCACUGCAACAGUUCGCCACCUGUGGGCAGCCUCAGCCUAAAAAGAAUGUUGCCCGAAUUUUUGGUGGUCUGAAAGUCCCUCCCGGCGCUGCACCCUGGCAGGUGUCUCUGCAAGUGAGACCGAAGUCCACCAACAAGCCCUUCUCACACACAUGUGGAGGAACCCUCAUCGCGAGCUGUUGGGUGCUGACAGCUGGACACUGCAUUGCCCAAACAAAGGACAUGCAGGUGGUUAUAGGAGCUCUGUCGACUAAUAUAGAGGAACCCACAGCACAAACUAUACAAGUUGAAGAGGCUAUUGUUCAUGAGAACUACAGGGAGACUACUGCUGCGGUUUACAAUGACAUAGGCUUGUUGAGGCUUAAAGGCACUGAUGGAGUUUGUGCCAAUGAGACCCAGUUUGUGAAGACAGCCUGUCUGCCUAAUGCCCAACUGCCUGAUGGGAUGGAGUGUAAAAUAUCUGGAUGGGGUGCCACUGAGGACUCUCCAAAUGGUUCCCCCCAUCUGCUGGAUGCCAAUGUGAUGCUCAUCAACCAGGAAAAGUGCUCUGAACGAAGAGUUUAUGGCACAGUCUUGGAUAAUAGUAUGUUGUGUGCUGGCCACCUCCUGGGAGGCGUGGAUUCCUGUCAGGGUGACUCCGGGGGGCCGCUAAUUUGUGACCAGAAUAAUGCCAAAGUUCUUUAUGGUGUGGUGAGUUGGGGGGACCAAUGUGGAAAGAAGAACAAGCCUGGGGUCUACGCACGAGUCACUCAGUUCCUGGACUGGAUCAAGUUGAAGACUCAAGCAGCAUCUCCAUAAGCAGCUUGGAGCAAGUUUUACUCAUCAUGAUUAAGUGUUUGGGUUUUGUGCAGUUGUAACAUAAUUUAUGCUACUAAUCUAUGCUACUUAAUAAAACCUUAAUAAUUGAAAGCAU